AUGGCUGACGGUGUUACGUCAGAGCAUGUUCUCGUUUUCCUUGAAGUGAUUGGCUUUUUUUAGCAUGGGAUGUCCACUAUAUGCUCCGAAAUUUUUGCUUUUUAACGUGUCGUCGAGUUCUUCACAUCAUGAGCGACAAAUCGGUGGCAAAACAAACCGUACGCAUCGCUACUUUUAAUGUCCUAGCUCCAUGUUACAAUUGGUUAAGUGGCUGGUGGGAUCGCAGUGAAAGCAGUAAUCCCAACCUAUACAUACCAAGAUUCCGCGCCAUUAUUGAUCUUAUAUCUAAACAGAAGCCUAGUGUGGACAUUAUUUGUCUUCAAGAAUUUUGGUUUCAUGGUGAUGUCAUGGAACUUUUUGAUACACAGUUUGAAGAAAAAUACAGAAUAAUAAAACUAAAGAGGACCGGUUUUAAGACAGAUGGCCUCGCAUUAUUGAUUGAUCGCUCAAUUAGCAUACUGUCUAUAUGUCCUAUUCGUUUCAAUGAUAUGAAUCGCAGAGUAGCUUUACUAGUCCACCUUCUGUUGCCAAAUGAGCAAGAGAUUGUGCUUAUGACAACACAUCUGACAUAUUGCUCAAACUUCAUUGACCAAUUGCUACGAAUGUCUCAAAUAAAGAAAGUGAAAAACGAAAUUGAAUCAUAUCAGCAGAAAAAUAAUGUAGAAAACAUACCUGUGGUGUUAGCAGGAGAUUUUAAUGGCUGCCCAGAAGAUGAGGUGUAUGGCUUUGUGAUUGAAAAUGGUUUUGUGUCAUCAUACAAAACUGUGCACUGCAGAGAACCUCGUGUAACACACAGACUUUAUAGCGGUGAAGAGAUACUUGUAGAUUAUAUAUUUUACAGAAAUCCACCUCAAUCUCAACUUGUUCCUAUAAAAUCCAUAGUGUUGCCGGCAGAAUUCACUGAUGAAGAGUGGCCCAAGGAGUUCACUUUGUCUGAUCACAGGAUGAUAAUGACGGAAUUUGAGCUUGAGACUAAACAGGAUAAUCAACCUGAUAGUCAGAAGAGCAGUGAGCAGUUGGAUCAAAGAAAAGUGAUGUGUCAUGACUAUGACAGAGUUUAAGGAUUAGAGGGUCUAAAAAUUCAAUUUGUCUUUCAGCCAAUUGGUCGAACUGUGAGACAGUCAGACUGAUUGGCAGUCAGACAGUCGGACACUACGAUGCCUGCAUUUACGCAGAAUUUGUUUUUUUAGUGUAGUGUGCUGCAAGCACUUUGCUCUUGAGGAUUCCCAGACCCAGUAACCUUAGCGUGCUAUUCAAAUGGGAAUAAUAAUGUUACGUUAGUACUACACCGCGUUUCAAACUGUAAAUUUCACACAUCUUAUAAUAGUAUUGUAAAUAAAAUGCAGCCGUUUGUAGUCAACACGCGAUCGUAAUGAUUUAUCUGUUGUCUAAUCAGCUCCCGCUUUUUCCUAUAAUCUAAUGUACCUCCGGUACAUAUGACUCAAAAGUAGUUUGCUGCACCAUUUAGCAAAUAAUAAUAAGGAUGAAAACUUUUUAUGUAGCACCAAUAACUAGCACGUUACUUAAGAGUGGUUUUAAUGGGAACAUUUCUUUUGAAAUAGGGUGUCCGGAAAUAAGUUAGUUUUUAUGAAGGUUGAAGAUAUAGAUUAUAUAUUUUAUUUCGUGAGAUCAAGUUGCGUUCGUUUGUUUAGUUUGUCAAAUAAGCUAGCGUUGGAUAUGUCAGAUAUGUUCUUCUUAAAGCUAACUAAUUUUAUUUAUUUACACAGUUGUUUUCCAUGGCUGUUUGUCUUGAAGGGGAGAAUUGUCGCUUUAAUUGCCAGCAUGCACUAACUUUUGACGGCAGGAAAUAAUCUGAAAGUCAUGGAUUAUACUCGAUGUCUUUAUGGAAAUAUCAACAGGAAAUAAGUACAAUGCGUAUAUGUGCGCAUCUAUAUCGGCUCAUAGCUGUGCAUUAUUCUUAAGCUGAUAGCGUAAUACGAAAAAAAUUGCGGGUACCCCAUUUCUUUCAAGAAAAGAUUUGUACUGGAGAUGUCUUUGAGAUUUUUUGUUAAUUUUAAACUGCGUUCUCAAUUUCAACACUUCCCGAAGAGAAUUAUACCAUGUUGGACUUAGAAAACCACUUUGAGCUUACAGCAGCCACCCUUUGGUCUCUUUAUUCAUUGAUUCAAGGGCCCAAGGCAUAGCUUGAACUACAACUUAGAGGUGGCCAAAACCUCUCUCUCAUCCCUUUUCUGACAAAUCUUUUUGUUUUCAAAGGUUAUCGAGGUAACGAUUGGUCCGACAUCAGUUAUUACAAUCACUGUUCCAGCUUUAUUAAAAAAGAGAGAAAUUUUAAUUUCUAACUGUCGGACGCUUAAAGCUGAUAAAUAAAUGUGUAUCAUGAGAGAAAAGAAAA